UUCCCGCCAGAUAGACGCAAACAUCACUCAGCUAAUUCACAUAACAUUUUUUUUCUCCUGCUAUUAGCUCACAAUUCUGGUAUUUUGUUAGUUGAAUAUAUUUUUACGUGACGCUUUACUACUUUUGGCAACUCAGGCUGAUAGUCCAGAAUAUAACAAUUAAAAGUUAUUUAAGUUGUUAAAGAAUGAAGGCUUCAGAGGAUCAGGUGGUGGAAGAUGCUGCUGCUUACCAGGACGAUGAUCAGGAGUUCUUCUUCCAAGACAUUGACGCCCUGCAGAAACACGGCAUUAACAUGGCAGACAUCAAAAAGCUGAAGUCAGUGGGUAUCUGCACAGUGAAGGGCAUCCAGAUGACCACUCGCAGGGCGAUGUGCAACAUCAAAGGCCUGUCCGAGGCAAAGGUGGAAAAGAUCAAAGAGGCUGCCGGGAAAAUGCUGACCAAUGGUUUCCAGACAGCCUUCGAGUACAGCACAAAGAGGAGGCAGGUGUUCCACAUCACCACCGGGAGCCUGGAGUUUGAUAAACUGCUGGGUGGAGGAGUAGAGAGUAUGGCCAUCACAGAGGCCUUUGGAGAGUUCCGCACGGGGAAAACACAGAUUUCUCACACACUUUGUGUCACAGCUCAGCUUCCUGGCGAGAAUGGCUACUCAGGAGGGAAAGUCAUCUUCAUCGACACAGAGAACACCUUCCGCCCAGACAGGCUGAGAGACAUCGCCGAAAGGUUUAAUGUCGACCAAGACGCCGUCCUGGACAACGUGCUCUACGCUCGGGCCUACACCAGUGAACACCAGAUGGAGCUGCUGGAUUUUGUAGCAGCCAAAUUCCACGAGGAAGGAGGAGUCUUCAAACUGUUGAUCAUCGACUCCAUCAUGGCUCUGUUCAGAGUGGACUUCUCCGGCCGAGGGGAGCUGGCCGAGCGGCAGCAGAAACUGGCCCAGAUGCUCUCUAGGCUCCAGAAGAUCUCUGAAGAGUACAACGUAGCGGUGUUUGUCACCAACCAGAUGACGGCUGAUCCUGGUGCAGGAAUGACGUUUCAAGCCGAUCCCAAGAAGCCGAUUGGAGGACACAUCCUGGCCCACGCCUCCACCACACGGAUCAGCCUGAGAAAGGGCCGUGGGGAAAUGAGAAUUGCAAAGAUAUUUGACAGUCCCGACAUGCCUGAGAACGAGGCCACUUUUGCUAUCACUGCUGGAGGAGUUACCGAUGCCAAAGAGUGAAGACACACACCAUCACACUCAUGUACCGUUACAGUUGCCUGUUCCCAUGCAUAACUUAACUUAUGAUUAGUUUAAUGUAUAACUUAACUUUAACUUAUUUAACUUAUAUUGAUAAAUCCUAUUCUAUGGUGUUUUUCACAUUUGUAUGUGUUCAAAUUUUACUUUGCUGUAUUUGUUAGGUGUUUACAGGAUGAUAAAUAAAUAAUAAAUAAUAAUAAUAAUAAAAACAACAGAUGUG